AUGACAGACUCGACAUCUACUGAUCCAAUCUCAGCGAAUGCUGGCAUUCAUGACGCUGAUGGUUCCGCCGUUCCGCCAACCGUUGACAGCGGCCGCGUGCAAAGCCUGCCCAUGCUGAGUGCCUGCGAGCUGGAGCUCUUCAGCCACUACAUUACACACACCAGCCGAGUGAUUCCACACGGCAAGGAAGACAUGUUCCCACUGCAAAUCGGCAUGCCCAACUUGGCGUUUACGAACCCGGCCGUCAUGCACUCCAUCCUCGCCCUGGCCGCGUCCUGCAAGUGCCAUGAUAUGAUGGGGAGCUGGGCCACGUCGCCCGCUAAGCUCGAGGAUAUUUGUGACUUGCUGAGACUGGCGGACCGUCACCACCAGACCUCGCUGGACCAGUUGCAAAACGACAUCAAGGAGAGGCAGUUCCAAGCCGUCUUACCCAACGCCGCUUUAAUGGUGCUGUACGCCCUCUCGUGCCACUACGUGCGCGUGCUGCUGGCCAGACGGGCCAAGCAGUUGCGAAUCUUGCUUUCCAACGACGUGCUGCCCUUUCAAUCGCAGUGGAUCACGUCCAUACGCGCGGCGCACGUAGCAUUUGUUGGGCUUUUGCAGCCCGGGCUGCGCUCCAACGGUAGACCUGCUUCACCACGUUCCGAUGCAAGGGCGGAGGAGGAAGAGGUCGAGCUGCUUGCAUCGCCGUCUGGCCCACCAGAGGGCGAUCAGAGCACAUACACGUCUGAAGACGGUCCUGCAGAAGAGACAAGACGCCUGUUGCUGCCCAUUAUUUCCACCACAUACGAAGCCGCCCUGGCGAAACUGAGAGCCCGAAAUGGGAAGCUCGAGCUCAGCUCGGAGCCACUCGACGACAAAUUAGAGGCAUGCGGCACAGCUCUCGUGCUCCUCGAAGAGCUCUUCCACACCGUCAUGGGCAAUGAAGCUUUCCACACUCUACCGCGAAAACCCCAUGAUUUCGGGGCGCUGGAGGAUGUUCCCGCGUGGCUGGUGCGGUAUCUGGCGCGCGUGACGUCCGCGACGCCUUCCAAGCUGUGGCGGCGACGCAUCAUGGCGUUUUUGAACCAGGUCCCGUUUGACUUUCUCCGUCUCGUGCAGCGGGCGCUCGACUGCAUGCCGGUCGAGGAGAGUCCGGCGCAGUCGCGCGGCGCCGAUGACGACGACGAGGAGCCGCUGCCGCUCGAGGCGGCGCACAAGCCCGCCAUGGACAUUUUCGCGCACUGGCUGGUGCUGGUGAUGCUCCUGGACGGUGUGUGGUGGAUCGGCGACAUUGGACACUGGGAGCUGGGCCGCAUCAUUCGCUUCAUAGAGACGCAGGGCUUUGUGCUUGACCUGGCCGAGGGCGAGACGUGGUGGCCGGAAACAAUGUGCGCGAUCAAGUCCACUCUGGGCAGUGCAGCCUGA